CCCAAUCUGUCUUCUGGCCCACGUUCUAGGCUUUUCCUUCUGCCUGCCUCAUCUUUUCUCUUGAAUCUCUCCUGAGAGAACAGGCUGGGAGGAAUGGUGACCAUUUCCAUGCCCCCUCCUUGAUUCAGAGUAGUGAGAAGGCUCAGCUGGAUCAGCUCAGGACAGAAAGGGACACUGGGGAAGGAGAGGAGGGAGUAGGAACAGACGCGGUUUGGCAGGGCAGGGGCACAUAGACAUGGGGAGUAUUUGGAGGUCAUGUUAGACGACAUCAGGGUUAUUUGUAGGUACGGCAUCAGAGCUGGUCAGGAAAGCUGGGAAGAUGAGUCAAGAGAAUUUGUAAGGAGACUUAGGCACAGUGGAGACUGAAGCUAGGGUGAAAUCAUGGGAGGCCUGGUAAAUGCGAAAGGGUAAAGAGGUCUUCAGCUCUUUAUUUCUGGCAAGAAUGUGGAUCUGUGCAGAGGAGGCCAGUAAGUACCACUUAUCUCAGGCACUUUGAUAUUUUUGGUGUGGACUAUAGAACAGGGUCUGAGAUGACCACCCCCAGGACUUCCCUGGCAUCCCAAAGGCCUAGGAUGGCCCUCUAACCCCCUAACUUCCUCCCUAUCCACUAUCCUAAACUCCCGGAUCUCAGGACCACAGAACUGCACAGCUCCGGGUUUGGGAAGACAGCCCACCAUGGUUUAGAGAGUCUGAGAUCCCUAGGAGAUUCCUAAACUGUACAGAAACUCCCACAUCUCACACAGGGAUCCAUGCCUAGUGUUCCACCCUUGUUGAAAUUCUUAUCUUUGUCUCCUAUCCUCUGUCUCCUCCCCCUUGCCCCUCAACUCCUAGUAUUUUAGUCUAUGGGCCAGGGAUAUUUUUAUCCCAGGAGUUCUCAUGCUGCUGGCCCAAGAAACUCAUUGUUUGGUGGGAGGUAGGCAGAUGCCUAUGUCCAUCACAGCAGGGCUUGUGGUGGGGUGGGGUUAGGGGAGGGGGACUGAGGCCCAAAAAUAGCCCAAUGAGCUCAUUCAGCUGCCAGCUCUGAGGCCAAGACAAAGAGGCUUUAAAAGGUGUUGGGGAAGGCCCAAGCUGGUCCUGCUCCAAACAACGGUGCCUUGACCAGUAUGGAGACCUUCAAACCUCUCAGCCAGGAGCUCCUCAGCCAAGCCAGCUGGGACAAGGCCCUAGGGUCUGGAUCUGAGCGGCAGGACCAACCAUAUGCAGAACUGCAGCGCACAGAAAGCGUCCAAGAGAAGAACAUAAAGGAGGCCAAGACCAAAUGCCGAACGAUCGCGUCUCUGCUGACCGCCGCCCCCAACCCCCACUCCAAGGGGGUGCUCAUGUUUAAGAAGAGGAGGCAGCGGGCCAAGAAGUACACCCUCGUCAGCUUUGGGGCCGCGGCCGGAGAGGGGGCAGGGGCGGGGGGAGAGGAGGAAGAGGAGGACGGCAUCCCCCCAACCAGUGAGUCCGAGCUGGAGGAGGAGACCUUCUCGGACGCCCGAAGCCUCACUAAUCAGUCAGACUGGGACAGUCCCUAUCUGGACAUGGAGCUGGCCCGCUCACGCUCAGGCACCGCGGAAGGGCAGGGACCAGGGCCAGGGGGCGGCCUCAGCGAAGCUUCGGGGAGAGGGGCCAGGCUUUUUGAGCAGCAACGACAGCGGGCGGCCUCGAGCUCCCUGGAACAACCCAAAGAGACCCCGCCACCCCUGGUGAAUGGGAGGGCCCCUCCCCCACCCCGGCCGAAGAGCACGCCCCCGGAGGCAGCCUCAUUACCCCCCAGCCCGAUGCUGCCCCCCGCCACCAGUCCCAUUCCUUUAGCCCCUGGCGGGGGGACCUCACUCCCAGCCACGGGCAUUUUCAAUCGGUCAGCAAGGCCAUUCACCCCAGGAUUCCAAGGGCAGCGCCCGCUCACCACUCCGGUCGUUUUCCGUCCCCCAGCCCCAAAGAAGGCAAACGAAAGCAUCAGGAGUCCCAGUCCUGUUCUUCCCCCCUUCUUGUCAUCACCCCAAGGUCCCAGCCUUACUCCCAGCUUCUCUGCCCCAAAGGAUCCUGGCGCCACAGCAGUCUCUAUCUCCACCAAUGUCCCAUGCUCCUCAGGCCCAGUGACAGCUACCACCUCCUUAUAUAUCCCGGCCCCAAACAGGCCCAUUACACCUGGAGGUGCCCCGGACUCUCAGACCGGUCACGGCACGGCUGCCAUGACCUCAACUGCUUCCAUCUUCCUGUCUUCCCCUCUGAGGUCUCCUGGACUCCCCACGGCAUCCACUCCAAGUAACCCUGCCCCCGAGGCUCCCAGCACCCGGGAGCAGAGAAUAUCGGUGCCUGCUCCCCGCACCGGCAUCCUGCAGGAGGCUCGGCGCCGAGGAGGGCGAAAACAAAUGUUUCGUGGGGGGAAUGAAGAGAAAAAGAAUUCGCCCAACCCUGAGCUGCUGUCACUAGUGCAGAACCUGGAUGAGAAACCUAGGGCAGGAGGGGCUGAGUCUGGUCCUGAAGAAGAUGCCCUGAGCCUCGGGGCUGAAGCCUGCAACUUCAUGCAGCCUACAGGGGCUCGAAGUUUCAAGACCCCACCCCCUGUGACACCCAAGACCCCACCCCCUAGGGCACCUAAGACCCCACCCCCUGUGGCACCCAAGCCUGCACCCCAGGGUCUUCCUGAUGGUCUGGUGAAUGGGACUGCUCCCUCCACAGGUAUCCUCCCUGAACCACCUAGGCUACAGGGCAGAGGUGGAGAGCUAUUUGCAAAGAGGCAGAGCCGGGUAGAUAGGUAUGUAGUGGAAACCACUCCGGGUCCUGGCUCAAUCUUUAGCUCCCGACCCCGAAGUCCCUCUCCUACCCCUUCAUUGCCUCCUUCAUGGAAAUACUCCCCCAAUAUCCGUGCCCCACCUCCCAUUGCCUACAACCCACUGCUCUCUCCAUUUUUCCCACUGGCUGCCCGGACCCUUCCCAGCCGAACGCAGCCUCAGGGACCCCGAGCAACCACAAAGUCAGGUAUCAAGGCCAUUGACUUCAUGAGGCACCAGCCCUACCAACUCAAGGCUGCCAUGUUCUGCUUUGAUGAGAUUCCUCCAACCCCUAGCUCUAUUCCCUCAGGGUCUUCUAAGACCACUAGAGUCCAUGAGAUUCGCCGAUUCUCUACUCCAGCUCCCCAACCCACUUCUGAGCCCCUGGCCCCAACUGUGCUCACUCCCAGAGCAUCCACUUCACUGGAUGAGCCCAUCUGGAGAGUAGAGAUACCCCCGACUCCUAUUCAUGCCCCUAGCCCAGCUCCAACUCUAGAGUCUCCACGAGGUCUUGGAGCAUCCCCUGGCUCCUGCAGCUUCCAGGUGGCCAGACCCCGGUUCUCAGCUGCCAGUUCAGGACUGCAGGCACAUGUGUGGAGGCCUGGAGCAGGCCACCAGUAAAUUGGGCCCAGCCAAGGGAGCCAGAAAAUGGAGACCAUAGCAAGGUCUCAGAGCUGUUUCUGCCACCCCAAAUCCUUCCCUCUAGAUACCUGGAGAAAGGUCCCCUGCCUUGGUAGGCUCGGUGCUUCCUUUCCUGGUACUUUCUGUCUGGCUCCCUUUCCCAGCCUCUUCUUUGUCUGUUUCUCAGCGUGUCUGUGUCUCUGCUCCUCUGUCUCUGCCUUUUUCUCCAGGUUAAUGUGCCCUUUACUUGUGUCUCUAUUCUUUUAUGCUUUCCUUUUUUCUGUUGGCCUCCUUUUACAUGUAGUGAGUUGACUGAACCCAAAUGCAAAGAGAAGGCAACUGCUCUUGUAGCCUUAGGCCUGGGUGACUGAUGGGAGAAGUAACCUACUGCCUGGGAGGUAGUAGAGGGACCAGAUUCUGGCCCCUCUUUGUCCUGGGCCUCUCCUUCCUCCUCUUCCCCAAUCAUAGUUCGCCCCUGGACACAUGUGCUUGUGUGUACCUAAGGUGAGGAGGAGGAAGGAGGCAGAUUUUAACCUGGGUCCAACACACUGCUCUGCCAAGGUCAGGUAGAGAAAAUACUUUUUGUUAAAGAGAGACUGAGAUACCAUGCGUUUUUCUCUCACAGGUAACCUGUAUAGUACCCCACAAAAUGGGGACUUUUUUUUUUGACAAUGAGGGAAUCUUAACCUGUUGAGGGAAUGUUGAGAUGCCUCUCUAAUCCUUAAAACCUUUUCUCCUUUCAGAGUGUGCUCCCAGUAUAUCCACUAUAUAAGCCUUCCUUAAGACUCAGUCAACCACUGCUCUUGGGGAUAGGAGAGGGUUAAAGAGUUGGAUGUGGAGUGGAGAAACUGAUGGCCCAGGGUACCUUUGGGGAGGGGGCUAAGAGGAUAGACUUGUUUGUCUGGAGCACAGACUCCUCAGAAUGGGAGAAAGGUGGUAAUCUCCCAGGGCCUAUGCCACAUAACCUGAGUAGUGGGUUGUGGAGAACGGAAAACUUCCUCUGGCCGAGGAUGAACCAUUGGCUUCUCUACCUCAUAGAUUUAAGUCAGAAAGGGGCUGUCGCUCUGGGACAUGGCACCCGGGCCAGAAACUGGGGGCAAAAGAGAAGCUGGAGUGACCAGGCCAGAGUGAGGCAAAGUGUGGGGGUGUGAGCAUGGGUG